UAUCUAGCAAUUGAGGUAAAGAUAGCUGCAUAGAUAUGUAGCCAGGGUUUCACUGCUUGCUAUCCGUUUCUAAACAUUACUUGUCAGGUCUUUCCCCGAGCUACUACAUUUAUGUAUUUCAACUUCUCUUCAAUAUUCUAUCCGUGUCUCUCCAUAUUUACAUCUUUUCAUCCAGACUUACCUAUGUCUCAUAGUGAAGUAGCCCGAAUCGAUUCCAUCUAGUUUUAGCCCCUCUUACUAGGGCGCCACUAACCGCGAUCACCUCGUCAACUAUCUCACGUUUCGGGUCUCUCUUAAAUACUUAAGUAAAUCUGAGUUGCAAUAUUACAAGCGUUUCUGUAGAUACUAGGGCUCUCGCAGUUCCGUCUAGUAAAUUUCCAGGCAAUGGCUGCGAGACAAGCGACGACGUGGGAGGAGUACAAUCGCGGGGCUUCGCCCGGUAGAAGCGAUAGUUUAUCAUCCCUUGCUAUCCAGAGCGUCCAAUCCGAAGACCAAGCACUACUGAGUGAACAGGGUGGGUGCGAUGAGCAGCACCAAGGAAUAGGACGAAGAUCUUCUGUAACGAAUCGCCUUGCCGCAUUGACAGACAUUGGGGGCGUCAACAGCAUCAGGUCUUUUAGUAGGAGCUGGCAACGAGCCUCAGUUUUCCCUGAAAUCAUUCCGCAGCAACCGGCAUUCGUGUUUGCUCCAGAUCAGGAACCAGUUCAGACGGUAGACCCUAGUCCAUACGCUAGGCGCGAUGUCGAGGCAGGACCUAGAACAUCUCUUCUAAGAAGAGAUCUUGAAGAAGCGCCUACGCCGGAUUCUGCCGAUUUUGAGGAUUCUGGGCCCGUGGGAACGCCCCCGUCACGAAUUGAAGGUCAGGAAGGCGAACGAAAACGUCUCGGUGGUGACCUUUACAGAAUAGCUUCCCCAUCUGGCUCUAUUCGCAGCACCUCGAUAUUCUCGACGCCGCCGCACUUGGCUGUUCCUCCCCUAGUCGGUAGCUAUGGUUCAAUUCGGAGCUACGGUACUGUUGAAUCGGCGGCUACUCAUUCUUCCAUGGUUCAUGCUGCAGACUUAUGGCGCCAGCAGCAAGAAUCUGGCGCAAAUGUGCCUGACGGGGAACGCCAACCAAUCUUAGUGAAGGAGGUUGAGCAGGAAGGGAGAAUUGUGUUGCAAGUAUCCGGUCAAUCAACUCUACCGCAAACAGUUGUGAAUUCCACCAAUGUGUUGAUCGGCGUUGGUUUAUUGAGCCUUCCUAUGGGUCUGAAGUAUGCCGGUUGGGUCUGUGGGCUAAUCGCGCUUUGUUUGUGCGCCGCGGUGACCAGCUGGACGGCGAGACUGUUGGCAAAAUGCAUGGAUCUCGACCCUACCAUGAUCACAUUUUCCGACAUAGCAUUCAUCUCCUUUGGCAGGAAAGCGCGCAUCAUGACGGCCGUAUUGUUCACUCUGGAGUUGCUUGCAGCUUGUGUGGCUCUUAUUGUCCUUUUUGCUGACUCGUUGGCGCUCUUAUUUCCUGGUACAUUGAGCGUCACCGAGUGGAAAGUUAUCUGUACUUUUAUCAUGAUACCCUUGCAAUUUGCUCCGUUAUCCCUUCUGUCAUUCACCAGUUUCAUUGGGGUGGUCUCCUGUCUAAGCAUUGUAAUCAUUGUUAUACUCGAUGGCUUAUUAAAACCGCAUACUCCCGGUUCUCUCCUAGAACCAGCUGCGACUUAUCUGUUUCCUGCAAAUUGGUUAACUCUACCCCUAUCCUUUGGACUACUUAUGUCGCCAUGGGGUGGACACAGUGUCUUUCCAAAUAUAUAUCGGGAUAUGCGUCAUCCGUACCGUUAUAAAGAGGCGGUUACAUAUACGUUUAGCUUUACCUUGAUACUAGAUGCUGCAGUAGCUAUCAUAGGAGUUAUCAUGUUUGGAGACGGCGUUCGUGAUGAGAUCACAAGCAACAUCCUUCAAACUACGGGCUACCCCAAUGUUCUGAACGUUCUCCUCGUUGUGUUUAUUGCUAUAAUCCCUCUAACGAAGAUCCCCUUAAACUCCCAGCCGAUCGUCACAACGUUGGAAGUUGUAUUCGGCCUUCGCCAGCAAGUUGUUGCCGAAGAGACAUCCUUAGUCGGACUAUCUAGUACCGCAAGAGGCUUACUGAAAGCUCUCGUGCGAGUGUUAACGCUACUUGUGUUUUUGGGAAUUGCUAUCCUCUUCCCGGCCUUCGAUUCUAUCAUGGCCUUCAUGGGUAGCGCUCUCUGUUUCACUAUUUGUGUCACACUUCCUCUAGCUUUCUACCUGAAAUUAUUCGGACACGAGAUUGCCGCAGGGGAGCGUAUUCUCGUUUGGACUGUCAUGCUCAUAUCUCUCACCAUCUCCAUCGUCGGGACGGUAUGGGCCUUCCUGCCUAAAGAACUCAUUGGGGCGAAGUAAUGUAUGGGGAAUUAAGGGUUAUUUUUUAAACCCAUAUGUUCUAAACGGGUGGUAUGUAUUGGAGAUAUAAAAGUUUUUGAUAAUUAUUGCAAUGGCAUGGGGCUCAUAGGCAUACUUGAAGCAUUGACAACAAGCAUGGCGUCGAUUGGCAUAGUACUAAAUCAUUAUGUCUGUCGGGUGUUGCAGUAGCUAGGAAUCAUGGGACUAUUAGAUUAUGAGAGAUAAUUUUCACAAAUAUAUGGCUGAAGAAUGGUGAUAAAAUCAUGAUUUACUAAUCCAUGUCUCU